UCAGAAGAAUAUCGUGAAUGACGAUAGCACAUCGGACAGUGAUGCCGACGGUGGUCCGUUGGGUUCGCGCAAACUGUGGGCCGGUUGGAAUAGCAGUAAGGAUGGUAAGACGAGUGCGUCGGAAGAGGAGAACAACAACAACAAUUCGCCGGUUCUGCGUAACGGUCGCAUACCGGUAGCAACAAAGAAACGAAGAAAGAUUACGCGAAACAAGGCGCCAGUAAAGAAAGCAGAUCUCGCCGCAGCCAGCGUUGCAGCCGCCGCUUCGGCUGGUGCGCCAUCGAUGCUGUCUCCUCCGGCCAGCACGGUAGUAGCCAUGGCAGGGGUGUCAGCGAUGGUUGGUGGUAAAAAGCGAGGACGCGUCAAGAAAGGUCGGCAGCGUAGACCGCUCAAUAUUGCUGGGCUGGAUCUGCUCCACAACGAAACACUGCUCAGUACCUCGGAGCAAGCGAUCGGCAAACGACUACCUCCGGCGCCCGGCUGUGUUGAUCAGCUGCUAACUUCACUGGCUGGUGAUAUGCAGCAUAAUGAGCUCGACAUUCCGGAGGCACCUUCGGAAACACCGUACGCGCUGCAGAUUCUCCUGGACCUGUACAAAUCUCAGUUUAUGAAGGCGAUCGAAGCAAUGCGUAAACCGUCGUACAAGGACAACGUUCAGCAACAGAUUGAACGCGAGAAGGAGCGCAAUCAGUGGCUCUUGAACCGAGCAGGGCAGUUAGAGAAGCAGAUCAAGGUGCUAAUCGAUGAUAGUGUAGCACUUCUCAAGGCGCGCAUGAAUGAGUUGGGCAUUAGCACGACGAGCCAGAAUGAUCUGCUGUGCAAGGCGAAGGAGAUAGUGGGACGACACAAGGAGUUGCAGGUGAUGGCAGCCAAGCUGCAGAACCAGGUGAACAUGAUGGAGCAAGAACAGAAGCGAUUGGUAGUCCAACACGUGGCGAAACUGACCGAGCAGCAGCAGCAGCAUCCACACCAGCAGUAUAUCAAAACGGAAGAUCUUGAGCUAACGCCAUCGAGCUCUAGCGAGGUGGUGCUGAAGGCAAUCGCCAACACUCUUGCCCAGCGCAAGAAGCUCAAUGCCCAAGUCUCGAAUCUGGAGAAUGAGUUGAAUCUGAUUGAAAAAUUAACUGACGAACGAAAGGCGUCGGUUACUUUGACGGCCGCAUCUAGCGGGGCUUCGGCAUUGGCUCCGUCAAACAUGGCCACGAUUAUCUCCGUCGCUCGAGCGACAGAAGUACGCGAACGGGACCCGGCACUUGUUCCACAGAGAGAUCAUUUACAAGCGGGCGCGGAUGUUCCAACCAGCGGAAAGAUAAGUGACAACUAUCCAAUAUCACGUGCCAUCCCAGCUUCCGUGGCUGCUCCGCUACCAUCGGUGACCAUAACUAACAGCACAAACAGCCAGAAUGUGAAACAGAAUGCGGGUAACUCGCGUACCUCGCAGCGAAAAUCACGCGAACACCGUACGCGUUCGCAAGAAUGGCCCGAAAUUCCGGACAUUGGGAAAAUUGAGGAGAACAAUCCAGAGAUUUUAGCUCAGAAAAUCUUGGAAACGGGGCGACAAAUCGAAGCCGGAAAGUUACUAGCAGCUGGAAAGAAUGCAAUGAAGGAACGAGGAGAAGCUGGUGGCGGCGGCGGCAAACAUUUGCCGUCCUCGGCGUUACCAACGGCUGCUCCAGCGACGUCGGCCGCCUCUGCACCAGUUCUUCCUCCACCAGCAUCAUCCAUGGCACAUGCUACGACGAGUAGUAUAUCUUCUCAUCAGCAGUAUGGUAACCACCAUUACCCACAUCAUCCGGAUGCAGCCCUUAUGCCAGCACCGGCAUCUACCGCUUCGAUUAACAAAGCACAUCAUCAUCGGAGCUCCAGUGGAGGGCCUCCGGUGGGAGCCAUCGCACCACAAGCGCCUGCCAGUGGUGGAUCUCUACCGAAAUGCUAUUUGCCCGGAUCCAAUGAGCGUCACGCGACAGAAAGUGGGAGUGGUAGUGGACGAGGAAACGGGAAGAUACACGAUUCACAUAAAGUGGUCAAUUUCGAGGACCGGCUGAAAAGCAUUAUUACUUCAGUGCUUCAGGGAUCUCCGAAAACAAACACUACAGGGACGACGACCCAGCAAUCAACAACGCCUGCAAGCGGAAGUGGUUCACAAUUACCGCCUCAACGUGGGGAAGUAUUGCAACAUCGUGGUAGCGGUGGUCACCAACCCCUGAAGGUGGAUCAGCAUAGUUCACCAACGAAGACCGGUUCGGGAGUUUAUGGAGGUCCUCCAGGGCAGAGCAAAACCACCACUGUUUACCUACACUCUUCACCUGGUGGCUCGAACAGCCAUCACCAGCCACCAUCGGUAGUAACGGGACCGAAUGGAUCGCAGAUGAUGGUAGUUCCUCACGAUAUGUCUGCACGGGCGAUUUCCGGUGGAAGAGAUCCAAGUCCAACGGCCUCUUCAGCGCAACAUCUUCUGCAGCAUCAUGCGCCGCAGCAAAUGCAUCCGCAUCAUCCGCCCUCUUCUCCUGUUACUCAUCCUCAUGCCAUGCAUCAUCAGCAUCAAAUGCAACACCAUCAGUCGCAACAAGGAAUGCUGAAUGUCAUUACGAGCGGUCAGCAUCAGCUCAAUCCAAACGCUGCUAUCAUGACAUCCUCCUCGCCAGUGCCAACUUCACCGUACAAGAUGCAUUCCGCUGGACCGGCGGUAUCCGCUGGUUCCAUGAGCGCAUUGAACAAAAUCUCUCCGAGUUCCUCGUCGUCCGCGUCAAAGUACUACUCGAAAGGUGGAGCUGUUGCAGGAGGUCCCCCGAUGCAUCCGAUGAGCCAUCACUCGCCGGGUUCUUCAGUCGUUAGCACGCAUCAGCAGAUCCUUCAGCAACAGGAACGUGAGCGAGAAAGGGAACGUGCACAACUUCUCUACGCAAGUCAUGCUGCAGCCGGCGGGAUUAUCGCACCUUCCGAAUCCGUACAUCCGCAUCAUCAUCUGCUUCAUCAUCAUCAUCGCGGUCAAGCGCAGGUGAUUGGUGAUGGUGGUAAAAUGGAGUUUAAGGCUCCUGACAACUUUCGCUAUGAUUCACGAAGCAACCCCCCACCACCGAUCGAUGCAAUGGGACCUUCUUCCGGACUGCAGAGUCACUCUCGCAGCUCGUCCACGAAUUCGCUGGAUAGUCUACCGCUGGACUAUGGGGUAGCUAGUGCGAAUGCUUCGGGCAGCGGUACCAGUGGCCGUUAUAGUGCCGGCACAGUGCAACAACAACCAAUUCCCCUUGUCACCCAUUCACCGGGACAGCAGCAGUUGCAGCACAGCGGAGGAAACAACUCGCGACCCGGUUCAACCUCUUCGCAACCCGAUUACACGCAGGUUUCGCCCGCUAAGAUGGCGCUUCGUCGUCAUCUUUCACAGGAGAAACUUACGCAUCCACCAGCCUCCGGCAGUCAAGCGGCUGGAACGCAACAGCACGGUGGUGUCGGCACAGUCAAGACGAUCGGUGAUCUGGUGAAUGGCGAAAUUGAGCGAACUCUGGAAAUAUCCAAUCAAUCGAUUAUUAACGCUGCCAUAAAUAUGUCUGCCCAGCAACAACCGAGUCCGGCAAGUGCAGCAGGCACUUCAGCAUCAACAACCAGCACGAAUGCAGCCCAUACGGUCAUUAAUACGAAUGUACAAAGACCAGAACGGGUCGGGAUUCGACUACUAGAGGAUGGUGGGGCGGCAGUUGGACCACCGAGUGCUUAUAGCCCCAUUUCGCGACCGGGCAGUGUCGGAGAGGCAAGCAAAUCUCCGAUACAUAUGCAGCAUCAACAGCACGGACGUGAAAAUCUCGCACAAGCUGGUACGGGCUACAGUGCGAAAAUAAAUUCCAAAGCAGGAGUACCUGUUCCUGGAGCAACCAACUUAGUCUCCUCUGCGACUAUCUCGCCACGUGGGACGGCGCAAUAUUCUUCAGCGGCCGCCGGCGCAUCUUCCGGAGGAGGCGCUCCGGGUGAUCGCAUGGGAACUGGCGUGGUGUAUCAGCAGCAAGGAUCAGGAGGACCAAGACAUGAACCUUCAAUUCCUUACAUGGCGCUUCCGCGUGCUGAUAUGAAACCGUACCUGGAAUCGUACUUCAACGAAGCACAUAACAAACGACAACAGCAACUCCAACAGCAGCAGCAGCAGCAGCAGCACCAUCAUCACCUGCAGCAUCCAGUGCAAUCUCCAUCACCAUCAUCGUUACCCUCUUCCAGUAUCGGUCUGUCGCACCACAAUCAACACGGGAUGGGUCCGGGUUCAGCGAUGGUACAUCGUGGAGGGCAGCCGGUGGAUCUGCACCGGGGAUCUUCAGCGGCACAGGAGCCGGGUAUGAUGCAACGAUCCCGCGAUAUGCUGCUAAUGGACGAAGCCCGCAUGGAUCGGCUUAAUGGGGGUCCUCCACUGGAAGGGUUGGCAGCAUCGCUACAGGCGCGUGUAAUAGCUACGUUGAAGAUCAAGGAAGAGGACGAGGAACGUCAUCGACGGGAUCUCGGUACUCAUCAUGGUACUUCCGUAAACCUUAGCAACAGUAGCGGCAGCAGCAGCAGCCACAAUAAUAGCAAUAUCCACGGGGGAAGCCUUCAGAUAGUACAAACCGCACACAUUAAGUCUGAAAAAUACGCCUCAUCUUCAUCUUCGUCGUCUUCAUCGUCGUCCUCAUCGUCGAUGGCACUGAAGCGUACCUCGCCGAUCGUAGAACAUCCGGCUGGUACUCGGCCUCCAAAGAUGAUGUAUACAUCCUCACAGGCCGGUGUCGUCGCCGAUUGUUCCGAUACGAUGCUCAUGAACAAUCCGGAUUUGUUACACGUAGCACGUAGUAGUAGUGGCGCAGCUGCUGCUACCACAGGAGCAAUAGUUGGUGGUCGCGGUGGUGGCUUAGUGGUCGUACCGCCGUUGGUAAUGAGUCCGGAAAUCAAUUCCCUGUCGGCAGUGGUCGACGAUGGGCGGCAUCAUCACCAUCAUCAUCAGUUGCACCAUCAUCAGCUGCACAUGCGGCAUCAUCAGCAUUCGCGCAAUGACGUUGACGAUGAUGUUGUUGGUGAUGACGAAUCGAGCUGGCAUGACCGUGUGAGUUCUGGGUUUGAUCGUUUGGUGGCAUUCGCCUCGACGGAACUAGACAAGACGCGCCGUUCAAACGAGGAUGCACCGGCAUCGUCGGCUAGCUGCACAACAUCCCCGGACAGUGGCAUUAACCAGAGCGACCAUAGUCGUACAUUCCUUUCUUCAUCUUCGUCCUCAUCACAAUUGGAUGUGCCGCCGAGCAGUUCGAGUACGGGCAGUACAGCGAGUAGCAGUAGCAGCAACGGUAGCAGUGUCGGAAGUGGAAGCAUGAUAAGCAGCCUAGCUGGGAGUGUCGUUGGUGGUGGUGUUGGAAGUGGCCCUGGCAUCGGGGGACCUGGAAGUUUAAUGAUGAAACAUAUGGUAGUACCGCUCAUUAAAUCUUCACCGGCCGAACCCGUCGAUAGUCCACCGUUAUCGGAUGUGGGCUUGCCGAGAACGCCCAGUCCUUCGUCGAGUCCACCGUUGCUGUUCGGACACUCAGCAGCGACAGUGGUCGGAGGAUCAACCGCCGUUGUUCAACCAUCGUUACUGCACCCAGGCAACGGUGGUAGCAGUGGGGCAAAUAUGGCCAACAGCAGCAACAGUUUAGGCAUUCCACUGAAGUACCAGCGUCAGUCGAAAUCCUCUUCUUCUACGUCGUCAACGAAGCACUACAAAAAGAAGUUCCGCGAGCGCAACUGGGAAGAGUACGAGGAAAGUUUGAGUGGUGGACGCAACAGUGCCAUUAGCGGUGGCGAUGUCGCAAUGGAUCAUACAGAUUUCGUUGAUUCCCGCACGGUUGUCAACAGCAGUCCACAUAAUCUGUCUACGGAUGCCGGAGGUCCAGCACAUGCAGCCACAUCUGCCUCGGCGUCCAUUGCAUCCACGGAGACAGCGGUCAGCAACAACGAUCACCAUCAUCAUCCUCAUCAUCAACAGCAGCUGCCGCCGCAAAGCAGUCAGAGUCAUCAUCAUAAACAUAAAUCGGCCAAGUUUCGACCGAAAGGCAAAGACUGGAACUGGGAUGAUGAACAUUCGAACGCCUCUUCCAGCUCGACCACAUCGACGAGAGGUGCCGGAGGUGGAGGAGGAGCUCGAUCAGGAAACCCAACCACAGCAACCUGAUCCAGUUUCGUAAGCAUUUGUCGCUAGUUUCAUCUUUGCGCAUCCCGUUUGGGUCUGUCGAAUUUUUACAUUGUUUUAUUGUUUUUAUAGACAAUUUAUUCUAUGUUUUGCGCUCAAUAUUCAGCUAGGGAAACGAGCAUCUUCAUAGAUGAUACGCUUCUAGAACGUGUUCGAUAGUGGAACUUUGUCAUUUAUACACCUUUUUCGUAUCUUACUGCCAUAACUAUUGUUACAUUCAGGACGGAAAACCUCUCCCAGAUUUUUAUGAUUCAUAUUUUCGAAAAGCCACAUUCAGGAUGUAAAUGUUUAGGAGCUGGAACGGAAAUUCCUUCCCACAUAAGACAAGAUUGAUUCCUUUCCGGUGAUGAAAGCGGGGGAUCAUGAUAAAGACUGAUUUAAUGAUUUGCACUUAUUAAACUGCCAACAUUUUAUACGUUAAACCAAAUGUAAAAUGACCCCACUAUCGGGCGCUUUGGGAUCAUAUUUACUCUUGGGUUCGAUUAACGAACGCAUUCAGCGUGAUUUUAUUGUUUGCGUCUCUCCAUUUGCCACUAAACGCAAAGAGAGAAACAGAUGGAGAUGAAAUGGGUUAUUAUGUGCCCUCCUUAUCCUCCGCUAACCACCGCAUCACUGCUUGUUUCCAUAAUUUGUGGUCGCCAUCAUGAAAUGCAGCAAUUAGACGAUUGUGCUAAGCAAACUAAUACGCUACACGAACCUAGUAGGCGCAUAGUAAAUACAUCAACUCACUCGAACCGCACACCGUUCUUAACAACUCAUGGCAACAAAAAGCAAAUGUAAAACCUCAUGCGUGUUUAGUAACGUAUUAGUGUUAGUAAGUGCAAUACAAAAACCAGUUGGAAUGCCCAAACAGAAAAAG